AAUCCUUUUCUGAAAGCACAAAGAUUGCAAGAAACAAGGAGUGAAUGGGAAAGGAGGGCCAAGGUGAGGAAGAAAAAGAGAGAGAGGAAGAGGAAAAAAAGGUGGGAAUGAGGAAUCAUAGAGACAGAAUACAAAUAAACCAACAAAAACAUCAACUAUAGACCACACACAGAAAGUGAGAGGAGGAUUUAGCAAGAGCGAGAGUGAUAGCUAGGAUCACAUUGUGGAGACCAGCUGAACAGAGGAGAGAAGACACAACAGUACAAAUAGCAAUUCAAGGAUCCUCCGAGACUAGGUGCUGAGAAGGUUCAUAGCAGGAGCAGCAGCAGCAGCAGCAGCAGCAGGAGCAGCAGGAGCAGCAGCAGCAGGAGAAGGAGCAGCAGCAGCAGCAGCAGCAACCAGGGCUAUAUUUUUAUGAAAAUCAAAACAGUUAACUGAGAUUUUUUUUAAGAGGAAACCUUGAUUUUGAAGGGGUGGAGUAAGCAUAAGGGGAGAGUUUCUUUGCUAUGAGAGAAAUAUAUUGAAGAAUAUUUAAUAGAGUGUGUUCCUCCUCAGGUAUUUUCCAAGUUGAGCAUUAAAGCUGUCAAACAACAUGCCUGAACAAAGCAAUGAUUAUAGAGUAGUGGUGUUUGGAGCAGGAGGUGUUGGCAAGAGUUCCUUAGUCUUGAGGUUUGUGAAAGGCACCUUCCGAGAGAGCUAUAUCCCCACUGUUGAAGAUACCUAUCGUCAGGUGAUCAGCUGUGAUAAAAGUAUCUGCACCUUGCAGAUCACUGACACAACAGGUAGCCAUCAGUUCCCAGCAAUGCAGCGCCUCUCCAUUUCAAAAGGCCAUGCCUUUAUCUUGGUUUAUUCCAUCACAAGCCAACAGUCCUUGGAAGAACUCAAACCCAUAUAUGAACAAAUCUGUCAGAUCAAAGGAGAUGUGGAAAGCAUUCCCAUCAUGCUAGUGGGGAACAAGAAUGAUGAGAGUCCAAACCGAGAGGUGGAGAGCAGUGCGGGUGAAGCUUUGGCAAGGAAAUGGAAGUGUGCCUUUAUGGAGACCUCAGCCAAGAUGAAUUAUAACGUCAAAGAACUCUUUCAAGAGCUACUAAACCUGGAGAAACGCAGGACUGUGAGUCUUCAGAUUGAUGGAAAAAAGAGUAAGCAGCAGAAAAGGAAAGAGAAGCUGAAGGGUAAAUGCGUGGUCAUGUGAAAGCCCUGCCUGAGUGAAGCAAGUUCACAUUUCUGGUUUCUACCUUCCCUUCUCCCAUCCUCACUGAUGUUUAUGUUAAACUUAAAAAUCAGAAUACCCAGUGAUUAAUGAUAAGAUGCCCAUUGACUAAAAAUGUUUGCUUUAACAGAAAUAUAUUCUUUUUUACAAAGAGGGUAAUUGACUUCAUAAAUAACAACUAAUCAUCCUGCAAGAUCACAAAUUCUAUCAGGAAAUAAAGGAAAGCCAAAAAGGUUGAAUACUCUAGCUAAUUAAUUAUAUGCUCCAGGAACUGUCUGUUGUUUUAAAUUAGACUAAUGGUUCUCAAAUUCUGAAGAUUAAAAUAGAAAUGUUGAUUAUAUAAAUUAAUAUAAAUAUCUAAAAUAUAUGUCAAAGCAAGGUAAUAUCUAUAUAUUUCACAGUUGCCACCGAUAACAUGGGCAAUUCUUUUAGCUCAGCACAUGGAGCCCUCAUUUUCAUGGCAAAGUUUGGAGUGAAGAAAGAAGUGCGAUACUGUGUCAUUUAAGGAAUAAGAAUGAUAUACACCACCUAUCCCCCUCCAAAAGGUGCUUGAUAAUCAUUUUCAUAUUAAUGCCUCUCUAGCUUGAGGCUGACUAAAUGCAUUGUUGUGAGUUUUAAUAGCCAGUGAUGAUGUUUUUCUUUAAUUGGAUAUUCCUAUUUAUCAGGUCUUUUUAGAUUUAAUAUUUAGUGAUAAGUACUUUUAUGAGGUUUCCUGAUUUUAUAAUCAGAUUGUUCUAAUGGUUGUGUGAAUUGUAAUCCCAUUUCUUUUGCAUUUGAAUUCAGUUCAAGGAUUGAAAAAAUGCUAAAAAUUCCUUCAUUUGAUCUACAGGGCAAUAAUUUUUCUUCAGGCUAAAAAAGUUAAAGGAAUUUAAAAAAUGCUUCACAUUAAGAUCUCUAUUUAUACACUGUCAGAUGACAAAAGCAUAAAAAUCAUCCAAGAUAAAGAAGCACAAUUAUUUUUCAAAAUGCUUUGAAAUGUAAAAAAAAAGUUCACUUCUGUUUUUGGCAAAAGGUAUCUCAAAAGGAUAUUACUGGCAAAUAGAGGCAUUUGACAGUAAAUUAGCCAGCAUGUUACAUUACAAAUGCCUUUUAAAACUUGUUAAUUUUAAUAUUCACUUUAGAAACAAUUAUCACAUUCUUCAGAUGAUUUCCUGAGCAUCUUCCACUCUCCAAACUCAAUAAUAGAUAUUUCUAGUUCUUCAAAAGUGCUAAUGGGGUAGUAGGGAUUGCAAUUAAUAUUUUCUCUUCUAGGCUGAAGACACUCAAUCCUGAUUUUGUCACCAUCGUUGAAUUUAUUCGAACAUUCUCCCUGAAAAUUCCCAUUCAACAGAACCUGUUAAUGCUUCUUUUAAUUUCAAUACAGUUAAAUGGAUGCUAGACAAUAAUUUUAAAUCUCCUUCUCAAAAAUGUUUACUGUUUGUAUAGUUGGCGAGUAAGAAAAUGAAGUGUCUGGAAUCUCUCCAAAAAAGACAUGAAAAUCUUGUUGAUUAGCCCCUGGCAAAAUUUCAAAGGAGGCAAGGUUUGUUUUCUAUCCUUUUUGUGCCUGCCAUCUUUAUAUUGUAAUUCCUUAGAAUUACACUUUCCAGGUACCUGACACUCCCAGGCUUCCUCCCUAGCUGCCUAGAGAAUCACCUUCCCCAUACCAAUAUGAUUUUUUUUUAAUCCUGACCUCCCUAAAUAUUACCCAAAUGUUUCUCACAUGCCUUUAGUAAUGAUUAGUAAGUCUGGAUUACUUUAAUUCAACAACAACACAUUUAUUAAACAUCUAAUAUGAGUGAUGAUGUGUUUUUAAGAGGAAACUAGUCCAUGGUUUUAUAAUGACUUCCUAAAGAAUAUUCCCUGGUUCUCUUACUUAAACCAGCAUAACACCUAGGGUGGGAAUUUCUGGCAAGGAAGGAAUGGAAGGUGGAUAUAUUGAGGACCAAUGAGGUACAUUUUUUUUUUCUCAACUGGCAAGUCUGGCAUUCAUCAAAUCACACUGUGUGAGUGGCUACCCUUUCUUUAAGUAAAUAUGGCUCUGUGGAACUUUUGUUAAUGAUGAACACAGUUUUAACUGGUUGAACAUAUAUAAUCUAUAUGCAAUGAUCUCUCUAGUUUGUGGAUUACCAGUGCCCUUAAUUGUUUCCCUUUAAUUGCUCAUUUUUGAAGACAUUUAAAACUUCUCAUAUGUUAUAUAUAACUCUAAGAAGGUUUUAGGGAAAGGGAAAAUAAAGACAAAACCAAGAUAAAUAUGUAUUUUUAAAUUUCCCUAUAGAUCUACUCAAUAGACAUUGAAUAAGUAUUCUAAAUGGAAAUAUUUCAAAAUAUUUUCAAAACCUUUUAGACUUUCCCAUAUAUACCGCUCUAGAGCAAGGAAUUUCCAUUAGUUUUUUAAAUCAAAAGCAUAUAUUUGGGUAGCAACGUCAAUUUUUUUCUAUCCAUUCAUUGAUAUUCCACUUACAGAUUAGUAUCAAAUUUAGUGUUUCAUCAACCAAAAGAGCAUCUAAAUAUGAACUUACUAAUAAAAUUAAAGAAACAUUUUGUAUCAUUUUAUAUCAUUAGGUAAGAUUUGUAAGAAGACUUUUGAAAAAUAAUAAUCAAUUUUAAAAGUUAUAGCUGUGAUUUAAGUAAUAUAAAUGCAUGAUCCUCCUAGUGCUGAGCUGUAAGAUUUCUGACUUUAUCUAGAUCAGAGGUUCUUGACCCAGGGCCCAUGAACUUGUGGGUACCUCGCAAUUUGAUAACUGUAUUUCAAUAUAAUUGGCUUCCAUAAUGAUCUUCAUGUUUUAGGCAUUUAAAAAUAUUCUAAGGAGUGUAUAGAUUUCACCAGACACUGGAGUGAUUCCACGACACAAAAUAACGUUAAGAAUCCCUGAUAGCCAGAUAUGGUGGCACACAUCUGUAAUCCCUGCAAUCAGAGAGACUGGAGUUGGCAGAUCUCUUGAGCUCUGCAUUUCUGAUCCACAGUGGAAUAAGCUGAUCUGCUGCCCACAUUAAGUAAUAUGGUGAGCUCCCAGGUUGGGAGGGGGACUAAGUUAUGUAAGGAAUGAGCCAGCCCACUUCUGAAAUGGAGCAAGUAAAAGUUCCCAUACUGAGCAGAGUGGAAUUGACUUUGUGAGUAUCUUCUUCACUUCCAGCCUGGGCAUGAUAGGGGGGACUAAGUCGUAAAAAAAACAAAUAAAGAACUCCUGAUCUAGAUAAUCUAUAAAAAGGAUGAGUCCCUUGGAGAUGUAUUGAAGCUAACAAUAAUUGCAAGAAGUAGUUUGUAAAGCCUACAGUUUGUAGCUACAUAUAAGUCUAAAAUAUUGGGAUAGUGCAAUUCAGAUGGAGUUGGUAGUAAGUGAAAUGACAGAACAACUUUACUAUACAUAGAUCACAAGAUCAUGAAGAAACAGACACUGACAAGUGAAAUCCAAUGACUCGGUCAUAUUAAAAAUUCCAAAUUUAACAGACUAAUUCAUCUCCCACCAUUUGCUCCAGGCUCUGAGUACGCUUGAACUGGUGAUGAUUAACAGGUAUGAUAAAACUUUUUUUUUCUUUCAGAUAUUUUAUACACACACACACAUAUGUGUAUACAUGCACAUAAUAUUUUUGUUUUGUUUUUGGUAAAGUGAAGCCAUGAUUGUAAAAUCUGAUGCUUAAGGGGGUCUACCACACUGUAUAAUAUUCUCAAAAACCACAAAAUUAAAUGUUUUUAGUGGGCAGGGAAUCUACCCACAAACAAACAAGUGGACAUUUUUUAACCAAAACAUUUGAUAGCUAUUCUGUAUAGAUACAACUACUACAAGAUACAGCCUUGCAUACUGCUGGGACACUGAAAACAGUCUAGCAUGAGUUAUAAGAAACAAGAAACAAAUGUUGAGAAUAAAGUGAAAUGGUGUUCAAGGAUCAUUUACUUUGCUCAGCCAUUGAUUUCUCUCUCAUAAUGUGAUAAGUAAUUUUUAUGUUCAAAGCUUGCAUGAAUUAAAGCAUGAAUAGUACAAAAGCAAUAUACUCAUUCAUUCUUAAUAUGUAUUGUAUACCCUUGUAAUCAUUGAAGGUUAAUAAUGUGUAUCUUAUCUGUAAGCUGAUAAAAUUUUGUUUUGCAAUUUCUGAAAUAAAUAUCUGUUUUGUGGGACAAGCAAGGCAAGGGGGAAAAACUAUGUUGCUUUGUUAAGUUUAAUUUAUUUCAAAAUAGACACAUAGUCUCUGAAAAUGCACAUAGGUACCAGAACACACGUAAAACCUCAAAGAUCUGCAAUGGAAUGCAAUACUUCAUAGAGACACUGUAUGAAUUGGUAUUCAAAGAACAUGAUUUACAUAUCUAGGAAACCAAUCUUAUAUAUUUAUCUUUCAGAUGUAUUUAUUGUUGUAAUUUUAUCAUUUAUUAUAUUUAACUCAGAUUGUAGUUAUAAAUUAUCCGUGACUAUGAGUUUCUAGUGAUGUUCUGAAUAUGAGAAGACCAAAAAAAUAAAGUUUUAAAUUAUG